UCAGUAGGAGGGGGAGAGAGCUGAGGAGAACCAAGCUUUUGUUUUAAAACGCACGUACUUCCACUAUGAGCAAGUGUGUCAAGAAAUACCAUGGAAAAAUAACUGUAAGACAAAUGACCAUGGAAAUGGUUGAAUCACAACAAGAUGGAAGUGCUGCAGAGUCUGCAGCAGAGAGUGAUGCUGUUCGCAUGCAAAACCCACCAGGCCAAAGUCAGAUUCCUCCCAUAGCUCAGGUUUCUGUAGCUGGAUCAAGUGCUGGAAGAGGCUCUCCAGCUGUAACUCUAGUGCAAUUGGCUUCUGGACAAACUGUACACGUCCAGGGAGUGAUUCAAGCCACACAGCCAUCAGUUAUUCAGUCGCCACAAAUGCAGGCUGUUCAGGUAGCACCAGCUGCAAAUGCAGAUGAGUCUGCAGAAUCUGAAGGUGUUAUUGAUUCUCAAAAACGCAGAGAAAUACUAUCAAGAAGGCCUUCAUAUCGAAAAAUUCUGAAUGAACUCUCUUCUGAUGUUCCUGGUGUCCCUAAGAUUGAAGAGGAGAAGUCAGAGGAAGAAGGAGCUCCAUCUGGAAUCCCUGCAAUGGGAGUGCCAACCAGUCUAUAUCAGACUAGCACAGGGCAAUACAUUGCUAUUGCCCAAGGUGGAGCAAUCCAGAUUUCUAAUCCAGCAUCUGAUGGUGUCCAGGGAUUACAGACACUAACAAUGACGAAUUCAGGAGCUCCUCAGCCUGGUGCUACAAUUGUACAAUAUGCAGCACAGACACCUGAUGGCACACAGCAGUUUUUUGUACCUGGGAGCCAAGUUGUUGUCCAAGCUGCUACUGGGGACAUGCCAGCUUAUCAGAUCCGAACUCCUACCACUGCCUUGCCUCAAGGAGUGGUAAUGGCAGCAUCACCGGGAACAUUGCACAGCCCUCAGCAGCUAGCAGAGGAGGCAACACGCAAAAGAGAGCUAAGACUCAUGAAAAAUAGGGAAGCUGCCCGGGAAUGUCGCAGAAAGAAGAAGGAGUAUGUCAAAUGUCUUGAAAAUCGUGUGGCUGUGCUUGAAAACCAAAACAAGACUCUCAUUGAGGAACUCAAGGCCCUCAAAGAUCUUUAUUGCCAUAAAGCAGAAUAACUGUCUUUGAUUUGGACCUUGUUUCUAUGAACUUUAAUCAAGGCAUGAGAGGAAGCAAUUCUACGUAUUGCCAUGUGAACUUGAGGAAGGGACACUUGUGACCCUUGUGAACACAGUUUUUGCCUACUGCUUUCAGACGUAAUGGGGGAGAUGUUCCAGAAAUUGGAAUUCAUUCAUAGUCUCCAUAUUCUGCUGAGCUUUCUUCAAUUUGCAUUUUCUUAUAGCAUGCAAAUAGCCUUUUUGUUUGCACCUUUUACUUCUGCUUUUUGCAGGGAAGCUGCUAAAGAAUGUCGACGUCGGAAGAAAGAAUACAUAAAAUGUCUGGAGAGUCGUGUUGCAGUGCUAGAAGUUCAGAACAAGAAACUUAUUGAAGAGCUUGAAACCCUAAAAGACAUUUGCUCUUCCAAAACAGAUUAGUAUUUAUUAUACUGUGAACUGACUAAAACGUGUCCAGUUGCUUUUUGAGGCAAUACAUAGCCAACAAGAAUUAUGGCUUUUUCUGUGUCAUUUAUCUUAUACUCCAACUUCUAACAUUCCUAAAAUGCUUUUCCAGCAUUUUGUCAAUUCUUAGCUGUACCUUCAGAUUUUUUCCCCCUCAGAGGAGUCAAAGGAUAAAAUGUGUGGAACAUGGUUAAAAGCAACAUUUCUCAAGGCUGUUCCAGUGUCAUUUAAUUGCAUUUAUUGCUACUUCUGUGUUACUGCUAGCAUCCUACACAUACCAAAUAUUUUACAGGUAUUUUAAAGCAAACCUUAAAGAUAAAGCAUCCAGUAAUACAUCAAAAUUGAACUACUCAAAAUAUCUCAGGAAAGAGUUUAUAUAAAGAAUGUUAUAAUUACAUGUAUGUAUCAGAAUACUAGUCUAUAAAUGAAUUUAUGGCAUAUUUUUAUAUUAGUUGCUUUGUGAAGAAAGUAUUGUAUUGCUGUCACUGAGUGCCAUGGUUGAAGAUAGUUUUUAAUAGAACCAUGUUGUUUAACCUUUGUA